UGUGUUUUUUAUCCAUCCGACGCACUGAAUAAUCUUGAUCUGGUAAAAAUAAUCAUGACGGUUGGCCGGGCCUUACGCCUAAAGGCUCCCCCUCCCCCUCCCCAUAGUUUUUCCCUUACCAUGUCCGACCGAUGGUUGGACCCCCCAUUGUCGUCCGUCUGUCCCCCCACAUACACAAUACAUACAGCACAUAUAAUACACUCAACUACUCUGGUAUCUAAUCCAUCAAUCCAUAUAAAUCUAACCCAACCACAUCAGCUACCAACUAUAAAAACCGCGCCAUCAUCGAUUGCCACUUUUUCUUUUUUGUCUCUCUUCUUUUUUUUCUUCCUUUCUUUGUCAAAUCAAGAACACUUUUUUUCUUUUUUUUUCCUCUCUUCUCUCUUCCCUUUUUUCUUUUUCUACUUUUUCUAUGCAUCAGUAUUAAAAACGAAAUUCAUUGUAAGUAACAUGUUUCGAUUCUCUUCUUUUUUUUUCGAUCCUUGGCUCGCUUUCUCUAUUCUCGUUCUACUGUUUCCCUGGUGAAUCAGGAAAACAUGUCAAUGGCAUGACAACUACGAAAAUAAUCGCCUGGCUUUGGUUUCUCGGGUUAUUUCUUGUGAUCUUUUUGAUCCAUCAGAAAACCGAUCAUGAUCUUUUUUUUUUUAAAAAAAAAAAAAGUUGUGGGUUUUCCCUUU